GGCCAACAUGAUCGUGGGACUGACCACAGACCGGUUGUGGUUUACAGCAAAGACAUGGAGGCAAUAUACAAUGUUAUUGGCUUGGAAUGGAUAGACAGCAGGAGUAUUUUAAUAUUUGUCUUUGUUUUUCUGUUGUUGAGUGAUGUUUUGAGGAACAGGCGGCCAAGAAACUUCCCCCCUGGACCCUGGGCUUUACCUUUUAUAGGCGAUCUUCAUCGCAUGCAACCUGCCCGACUUCACCUAGUGCUCAAAGAGUUUGCAGAGAAAUAUGGAAACGUUUUCAGUCUUCAUCUCCUUGGUGAAAGGAUUGUGGUCAUUUGUGGUUACAAACAUGUGCAGGAGGCUCUUGUCCAAAGAGGAGAAGACUUCACAGAUCGGCCCAGCAUACCAAUGAUUGAAAAAACAUCUUUGAAUAAAGGUCUUGUGAUGUCGAACGGCAAUUUAUGGAAGCAGCAGAGGAGAUUUGCUCUUCGUACACUCAGAAACUUUGGUCUGGCCAAGAAGACCCUGGAACUAUUCAUCCAGCAGGAGUGCCGAUAUCUCACAGAGGCUUUUGCAGAUCAACAAGGCCAGCCUUUUAAUGCCUUGUCUCUGAUAAACAACGCUGUGUCCAACAUAAUUUGCUGUUUGGUGUUUGGGAAUCGAUUUGAGAGCACUGACAAGCAGCACCAGUCCGUACUUCAAAACUUUGAUGAGAUGAUGCGUAUACAGGGAAAUUUGUCUGUAUUGAUGUACAACACAAUGCCCUGGUUGAUGAAGUGGCUGCCUGGACCUCAUCAGAGAACAUUCAUUCUCAUACAGAAGAUCAUUGACUUCAUAAAAAUCAAGGUCAAAGAGCACAGAGAAAAUCUUGACCCAUCAUCACCAAGAGACUACAUCGACUCUUUCCUCAUUGAGAUGGGAGAGAAGGAAGAUGUUCCGGGUUUUGAUCUGAACAAUUUGUGUUUCUGUGCCAUGGACCUAUUUGGUGCGGGAACUGAAACUACUACAACUACUUUACAUUGGGGGCUGCUUUACAUGAUAUACUAUCCCAACAUACAAGAGAGAGUCCACGCUGAGAUAGAUGCUGUGAUUGGUUCAUCCAGACAGGUCUCCAUGUCUGACAGAGAAAACAUGCCCUACACUGAUGCUGUCAUUCAUGAGAUUCAGAGAAUGGGCAACAUCUUCCCCUUCAAUGUGUUCCACAUGACAAACAAGGACACCACACUCGAUAAGUAUACUAUCCCCAAGGGCACUAUAGUAUUCCCAACACUUGACUCUGUCCUACAUGAUGAAUUGAUGUGGGAGACUCCACACUCGUUCAACCCUCAGCACUUUUUGAACCAGGAUGGUAAAUUUAGGAAGAGAGAGGCCUUUCUUCCUUUUUCUGCAGGUAAGCGUGGGUGCCUUGGGGAGCAGCUGGCCAGGAUGGAGUUAUUCCUCUUUUUCACCUCCCUCCUUCAGAGGUUCACUUUCUCAGCUUCUCCUGGGGAGCAGCCCAGUCUGGAGUUCAACAUGGGAACCACUCGCUGUCCCAAACCUUACCGCCUCUGUGCCAUGCCACGUUAAACUUCCAACCAUCCCUAACUGAAAAUGCCAGUUUCUCAAACUCAUUAAGUCACUGUGAUCCACUACAUUCAUUUUCUGCUUAAUAUCUGCUUUUGUAUUUUAGUCCCAUCCUACCAAGAAAUAAAAAUUGUUAUAUGUUUUGUGUCCAGCACUUUGUUUGAGCUGUUGUAGUAAUGUGCUUUACAAAUAAAGAUGAUUGUAUUCGCUCGUUACGAAAUAAUACAAAAUUAUGAAAGGAUUAAUAAAUAAAUUGUCAAAGGUAGUGUCAUUUGACCCUCAAGUAUUAUGUUUGUCAGCCAUUUUCUUCUCUUGUGAGAUGUGUUAGCCCAAGCGUGAAGGUUGACAACGACAAAGACCCAGUCGCAUUUGAACAUGGCACGAUACAAAAAAGACCAAAGGAAAAAAUACCGACCUGUGGCAAAAUACUGGCAGUACACAACGAGUCAUUCAAUCUUUUAUUUUUAUUAUAAUAGUUUUAAUGGUUUAACAGAGGCUAAUAUUAAUAAUGAACAAUGCUCAGCUGUUUCAUUUACCGUGUUUAAAACUAAUAAAGAAAAAAAAUCAUUUAAAGUGCCGUGUUUCACGCAGGUAUUUUCUCCCAGCUGCACUUCAUACAAGAUGCUUCAGUACAAUGUACGCCUAUUGUGCCGUGCUUAAAUUGUACAUGUAAAUUACAGUUGGGAUUUAUAUUUUUGCUUUAGGUAGUACAGGCAGCGAUAGAGACAGAUUGUAAAAUAUAACUCAGAUGGAGAAGAGAUUCAGGUCUGCAGUGUGAACACAACAGACACACCAGCAGGGGAAGAAGACACAGAUGGUAAAAACGACGUCAACAUGUGUUGAACGGCCACAUUCUAACACAAAAGAUGUAGAAACGGACAGAUAAGACAUUUAUAAACACAAAACAUCUGAGAAUGAAAAAAAAGACCUUGAUACAAGUAAAUACAGGAAAGGAAAAGAACAAUGAAACAAAGAAAAUGGUCAACAAGAGCAAAGUGGCAAAUCACAGCUAAAAGUUUUCAAAAUUGUAAUAAAAAGGAAACAGUGGAAGCAAAUAAGACCCAGGCAAGGUGCUGCUCCCUGGACUGAUAUACUUUAAAAGGAGGUUUAACAAGAAAAAAGAAUCACUGCUGCUCUUUAGCUUUUAAGUACCAGUUUAAAGUUGAGACAGUCAAAAAAGAAAAAUAUUUUUGCUGUAACUUAUGCUGACCCAAAAAGUAAUCAAAGAAAGCUGUAGACAAUCAUCAUAAAAGGGCUAUUUUCAGCACCUACAUAAAGAUCCCUUUCUCUAUAUUUAUAUACAGAAACAGGAAUCAAGAUUGUGGCAGAACAUUUGUUCAUCACCGGUCACCCUUUCCCUGGAUGCCACUGGAGGUGAAGUACAAAAGAUCCCUGAUUAAAACAAAAAAGUCCUCUAUUAUGCUGUAGUUUUGCCAGCGAUGGAUAAAGGCAAGCUUCCCAUGCCUGUCAUAGAAAUGAUCCCCAACAGCCAUUCAGUUUCAUCAAUCUCCCAUUAGCUUAUGCAAUUUAAAAGAAAGUUGUCCCACACCACUAAAAACAGCACAGGUUGAGGCAGACUCUCAUCAACAGUGUACUUCUAUCAUUCAACAGGGAAAAUAUUUCUGUGUGUCUCUGCAGAGCAUUUCAAAUUGUUUCAGGAAAAAUGCAACCCAUUUCAGUCUUCUCAGUGCUGCAUCUCUGAUCUGCACAUAUUGUGAAGACUGUCUCUCAGGCAUUUGGGAAACAAACUGAAGACAGGGGCAUACAGGAAUAUGCAACCUUUUGUUUUGCUCACCUUCUAAACUGCACUAACAUGCAAGUGGCCCUUGAUACAUUUUAUCACGUGUAUGCUGUUUGAUGCUGAAGACUGUACUGAUCUUAUAAGGCAGAGCAAAAUGCUCCUUGACAAGUGUCACCUUUAGUCACCUUUCAUACAUCUUUUUUCAAGUCAGACGGGACCAAGCAGCAUGUGACUUCUUGUCAGAUGAUGCAACUGGAACAAAAAACCAAUACCACUGUCACUGUGUCAUGGAUGUGCUGUUCAAACACUAUAUGGG